AUGGACGAUCUAGCCCCCCCAUACGAAACUCCCAACGCCCAGCUCUAUCAGCCCUUGUCUCAUCCAGACUCCAUACGCGUUCUGACCGUGUUCGAGUGCGACAGUGCGGAUGAUGACAUCGAGUGCCACCUUGCCGAAAAGCGCCUCUCUGAUUCAAAUGACGGGGAUGAAGGUUACACAGCCAUUUCAUACGCGUGGGGUGAUCUCAAGUUCACCAAUGAGAUCUGGCUUGGCGACCAGAGGCUUCUCAUCGGCGCCAACCUGGACGCCGCUCUUCGCCAUCUCCGCCGUCGGGAUAUCCCUAUUCGCCUCUGGGUCGACGCAGUGUGCAUCAACCAGGGGAAUGUAACGGAGAAGAGCCAGCAAGUUCAGCAGAUGCGCAAUGUUUUCUCAGCCGCCUCCGACACCAUCAUCUGGUUAGGGCCGGGUGGCGGUAAUACUAGCGUGGCUGCCUGGAACCUACUCGAGAGGCACAGCUCAUGGGCCCUAAACGACCGCGGUGAGCGCGAUCAAACGCUCCCCGCCAAGCUGGAAGAGGACUUGCUGUGUUUUCGUGGGGAAUUCAGAGACGUUGAGAUUGACGUCUUAUCAAGGCCCUGGUUUAGAAGGUUGUGGGUCUUCCAGGAGGCAGUUCUCUCGCGAAGCUUAUCUAUCCAGUGCGGCUAUCGACGGAUCUCGUGGGACGACUUCAGCAAGACGGUGCUCCAGUCUGAGAGGCAUCAAGAUCGAUAUGGGUUUAGCACGUGGGACGAUGGCAAAAAGGGUAUUGUGCGAGACAUAAGCCGUGCUCGAUGCGAACACCUGCAUAAGCACGGCGUUGACGACUCUCACCCGUCAUGCCAAUUUUCAGGAGCAUCCAGCAGUCCAUUGCGCACGUUGAAUAUCUUGAAACUACUUCACAGAGGGAGAUACCUGGAAACCUCGGAUGCGAGAGACAGGAUAUUUGGAUUCAUGGGGAUAGCUGAGGGGAUCGACACGAACGACCCCAGAUUCCGCGUCGACUAUGAAGUGGAUACACGCAGCCUGUAUGUUCAAUUCACCAGAAACGUGAUCGAAACGACCGAUUCGUUGGAGAUUCUGUCCUACGUCAACUUCUCGGCCCCAGAAAGACCCCUUGCGAAUGUCGAAAUGCCGUCCUGGGCUCCAUGUUGGUAUUACUACAAUCAGUUUGUUAGCCGCGGUGUUCAUCGCAGCAACCAGACUAUACUGGAUACCCUCCCAAAAGAGUCAGAUGAAGAAAGCAGAUCCCGCAGGUGUCGAAUUGCAGACAGUAACAUAAUCUGGUCUCAUCUUGAAUCGGAGUCGGCUUCAAUGGAGAUCUCAGGGCGCGUGGUGGGACGGAUAGGAGCUCUCACCGCACCAAUAUGGCUGAAUAGGAAUGACCACGUUUUGUUGAAGCAUUUGAUGGAAGCUGCUCACGAGGAGGACAAGAAUUUCAUCCUGAUGAUGGCACUCUGGGCCCGAAAAUUGACUUCGACAAACCAUAGCGUCGACGCCAAAGCAGGCAUGGAUUUCAUCAACCGGGCCAGGAUUGACGGUGUUCCUUGGGAAGAGCUUGCCCGCGCUGACCAAGAUGACCCCAACUUCCCGGAAGGAUCCCGAAGAUCAAACGAUCUUCGAGGCCUUCGUCUUCACCUCAAGCAGGCAAGGGCUGACGACCCCAACCUUCCGGUGCAGCUACACCUCUACCGUAGAGGACAAAUUGCUGCGAACUGGUCCGGUCCGAUUAUUGACAGGGACGUCCCCAUGUUUUGGACGAGCGUCACAGAUGACGAGUCCAUAGUCGAUGGAAGAAGUCUUGCCGUCUGUGUGAGCGAGACAACGACCCCCACCGAUGAUCCUGAGCAGGCAGCGGGGCAGCUUGCCCUUGUUCCUGACGUAGCAAAAGAGGGGGAUGUGAUAAUCCAGAUCAGUGGGGCGCGUGUCCCAUUUGUGCUCCGGAGGCGGGCGAAUGACUCGUCAGACUUCGCUGGCACUGGAGAUGUAGCAUCGCCGACUCAAAAGGGCCAUACGAGGGCCAUGAAGUCAUGGAUCUUGCCGUGGGAGCUCAUUGGGGAUUGUGUACUCAACGGAUUCGAAGAGCUGGCUGAAGAGGCGAUGGAUGCAAGGUUUCGGCUAGUCUGA